CAGUGCGAGCGAGUUAGCAGCCAAAGUUUGCAGAGCGCAGGCUGGAAAAAGUUCUCGCUGGAGAGGGGCGACCCGUGAUCCCGACUUCUCUCCUGUCACUUUUUUUUUUUCUUUCACCUCACGGAUCUUUUCCCAGUGCAAACAUGCGGACUACGGACUUCUGGGCUGUUUCGUGGGUGUUUGCGAGUGAGCUGCUCCCCGUCCUUGGAAGAUAACAGUUAACGGUUCGCUGCCUUCGCUGCACGCUGGCGUUUCAAUGGACUAUCGCCCGUCUUAUCAUCCAGUGAGUAGCUCGGACCUCAGUGAUUGUAUGAUUUCCUGACCUGUAGAUAAAGUGAAGCAGGGACUCGGCUGUUCGCCGCCGUGCCAUGUAGCCCGUCCUCGGGUGUUUUUUAGAAGAUGAACUCGCCCUGUGACAAGGACCUGGCACCCUUAUCUCGGAAACACCGACUCAUGGCCGCAGCUAUGCCCGGUGAUGAAAGCCCAUUGCCCGGUAACGCGUCCAGGAGUGAUCGGAAUGGAUUAGGGGGACUGGUUCACUGUUUCAUAUGCGGGAGCGGGGUGACACCGGGGAAGGAGUUGAGGCUACAAGUGACAUAUCAAAAAGAGAGGGCGCCGUUUUUCCCGUUCCUGCAGAAUCAGGAGCCAGCGCCGGGUGCGUGUGAGCUGAGCCCGGACGGACAUACGCUGGUGUGCGCCGUGUGCCACUGCUUCCUGACCGAGCAGUGGAACUCGUUCGAGCGGAGCAGGACGCCCAUCGAGAAGCGCAUGUACUGGCUGAAGCGACCCUACCAGUGCGACUCUCGGCGGGUCCCGCAGGAGUGGAACAUCUCGUAUGACCUGGAGAGGAGGAUCAGCGUCGGCAGCCAGAACUACGACGGGGGCGCAGAGUCCGAUUUCUCGUCUUUUUCCGAAAACGAGAACAUGUCCGACCAGGAGAUGGAUCUGGUCGACAGAGCCGGCGUGGGCAAAGACAAGUGCCCGAGGGCGUCUGGCAAAUCGCCAAGAGACUGUGGCAGGAAAAACAAUGUCAUCAGUGUUAAAAACAGCCCGGAUUCGCAGCGGGCAGUCCGAUACCCGGUGGGUGUUUAUGGGGCGCAGGGAUCGCCAAAAGCGGAGAGCGCUGUGCCGGCGAGGCGCGGUGCUAAAAUUAUGAAUAAUGUCUGUCAAUCAUCAGAAUCUCUGGCAAAGUCCCAGGAGAGAUUCCCUCAGCGAUGCUAUGGCAGUCCUCUCUCUGACACACCUGCGCAAGACAACGGGGUCAUUAUGCGCAACAGGCGAUGGCUGGAGGAGGGGAAUGUCAGACAUGCGGAGCCGCGUCAGAUGCAGCGUGUUGCCGACAGCAGCUGCGCUUCAUCCAGACAUCAGUCGCUCCUGCACCGAGGAAGAGGCGAGGGUCACCCCAACACUGCGCUGUCAUCUGCUGGCGCUGUCAGCACCAAAUGCAACGCAGCUGUCUCCAGGGAGAAUCACUGUGACAACUCUGAUGAAGAUGAGAUUAACAUUACAAGUGACGAUGACAUGUAUGACAGCAGAGCAGGCCCAAGACCCCAGCUCAGACCUGCCAGAGACCUCUCAGCGAGGAAAAGUGCCCAGUCACACCACAGUGUGGAUACCUGUCCUCCAGAGGAGGUUGUUUGUUAUAUCUGUGGCACUGGGCUCAGACAUGACGGCCGCUUUAAAGUCAGCGUUCAAAAACAGGAGAGAGCACAGGGCGAGCCUUUCUUCCCCUUCCUGUGGCUUCACUCCCCUCCCCAGGGUGCGGUGCCCAUCAGUCCUGCAGGUACAACCUUAGUAUGUGGCAGCUGCCACACCUCCCUCAUGCAGCAGUGGCAGAGCUUCCAGCUGGCGGACGUGCCUGUCCUCCAGCGCCUGUAUGUAGUUCCCCUCAACCAGGGCACCAGCUCCCUCCAUCCUUCCCAGAUAUCUCCUCAGGAGGGGAAACCCCCAGAGUCCAUGGAGGGUAUGUCUGGCCCCAGGGCUUCUCAUGAGGCCUGUUUCCUUUGUGGUCAGGAGUGUGGAGGAGAUCUGAGAGUGGCAUAUGCACAGGCCGGUGUCGGCAAAUCUCGUGGUGCCAUGUAUUUCCCCUUCAUCAACAUGUUGCCUUGCCCACCGAACGCCCAGGGGGUGAGGAACGGCCGUGUGCACUGCUGCCCACAGUGCCACAUCAUCCUUGAGGAGAUCUGGGGUGCAUAUCGACUCAGCCUUAGCGAGGACCUCAUCACCUCCGUCAGCUCCUUUCUGGUCAGGUACCAUGCUGUCAUGUCCGUUGAGGGCUCUGGACCGGCCCAUUCCCAGGCCGGCGCGGCCUCUCGCCCCGGGAGCUCCAUGUCGGUGUGUUACCUGUGUGGAGCCGAGCUGUGUGCAGGUGGAGAGUACCAGCUGCAUGUCAACCCGCCGGGGCGUUGCGGGGAGAGGGAGCCCUUCUUCCCCUUUCUCACCGUCCACCCUCCUGCUCCCCGUGCCAAGCCGGUCGAUGCCACAGGCCUGGUGUCGGCUUGUAAACUCUGCUACCAUGACCUACACGCCCAGUGGGCCCAACAUGAGAGCAGGGGCCCCGGUCCCUCCACCCCCUCUACCUCUAGUUUAUCCAGUGCCAACCCCCAGCCGCCUAGCUCCCCUUGGGCCCGCCAGUACAGCUGUGAGGCUUUCGUGUGUUUCUUCUGCAGGCAGGAGCAGCGCCGGCUGGCCAGGCUGUGCGCCGUCACCGUGGCCCGGCUGCCCGUGUUCCUGUACGCACCUCGAAGCGCACGCACGCUCCUGGUGGACGAUGGCAGGAGGCUGGUGAUCGGAGCAUGUGUGGAAUGUAAGGCCAUGGUGCAGGUGGGACAGAGCAUGCAGCAGGACAGGGACAGGCUGGGACGUGGAGCAUCAGACGGGGAGAGGAAAGAAGCAGAAUCGGCCUCGCCACAGGACAGACACAAGGCGUGUGCUGUGGUUGAGAGUGUGGCUGGAGCCAGUCAGGAGGUGGACUCGGGGCCUCCGCGACCGCAGGGCGACUGCACUCCUUCUCGCCCGCUGACCUCGGAGCCGGAGAAAGCCGACCGAGCCGAGCGCCCUCUUUCCAGCAUGAGCCAUGAGCCAAAGUCACCAUCGUUAGGAAUGAUCUCCACGGCGACCCGUACCACGGCGACGGUCAGCCCACUCACCCCGUCGCCUCUCAACGGCUCCAUCGUAGCCAAUGGAAGCCCUGCUACCCAGUCUACCCACUCCGGAUUCGCCGCAGCCCUCCGUAAACUGGCGAAACAGGCCGAAGAACCCCGAGCUGCAUCUUCCAUCAGCAGUGAGUCCUCUCCAGUGUCCUCCCCGGCCACCAACCACAGCUCUCCAGUCAGCACACCCAAGAGGGGUCCCCUCGGUCCAGGGCCCGUCCUGGUUCCCCCCGCCGGCCACGGCGUGCCAAACACUCCACCUGUAGUCACCAUUGCUCCAACAAAGACCAGCAACGGCCUCUGGAGGAACGAGGGACGCCAGGCUGACUCGGGGCCUCGUGGGGCCAGCAGGGAACGUCUGGGUGCCGAGGGGUCCCUCCCCCAGGAGAAGGGUGGCCCCUCAGUCCCUGCCCACCUCCUGGGAAACCCCUAUGCCUUUGGUCUCACCCCCGGUGCUGUCAUGCAGGAUUCACGUUUCCAGCCCCUCAACUUGCCCAGACAGUUGCAGAAUGCUGGUCCAGUACCGGAAGAGUACCUCCGUGGUUUCCGGCCCUACGCAACGACCGAGGAUGCCCUCCGCAUGCCCUCUCUGCCCUUGGGCCUGGACCCCGCCACUGCAGCUGCAGCAGCUGCCUACUACCACCCCAGCUAUCUGCCCCACCCUUCCUUCACGCCAUACAGGAUGGAUGACCCAUUCCUCUCCGCUUUGAGGUCACCUUUCUAUUCGUUGCCAGCAGGGGGAGCUUUACCCCCCAUGCAUCCCUCCGCUGUCCACAUGCACCUACCAGGUGUCCGCUACCCUGGAGAUUUCACACACCCUUCACUGUCGGCGCUGCAGUCUGAGAGGCUCCAGCUGGAGGAUGAGCUGCGGCAGAGAGAGAGGGAGCGCGAACGGGAACGCGAGCGCGAGAAGGAGCGAGAGCGGGAGGCGGAGAGGGAGAAGGAGCGGGAGAGGGAACGCGAGCGAGAGAGGGAGCGCGAGAAGGAACUGGAGAGGGAGCGGGAGAGAGAGCGCGAGCGAGAAAGGGAGCGUGAGAGGGAGCGAGAGAAAGAGAGGGAAAGGGAGAAGGAGCUGGAGAGGCAGAAGGAGAGAGCGCUGAGGGAGAAGGAGCUGCAGGCGUCCAAGGCCAUGGAGAGCCACUAUCUGGCCGAGUUCCACGCCAUUAGGGGGCAGGAGGACCGAACCAAGCCUGAGAGACUCACCCCCAAUCGGGCUGAUAAAACCAAAGAGCCCAUCCCUCCAGCUCCCAAACCGGUGCCUCCAGGACUCCACUCUUCGAUGGUCCAAUCACAUCAUCCUGUUCCCGGCCUAAUCUCAGGCCACGGCCUCUACAUGGGGCCCGGCGCUGUAGGGCCGGGGCUCUCGGCCUCAAUGAUGGCUCAGAGGACCAACGAGGAGGAGAGGUGGUUGGCACGGCAACGCAAGCUGCGACAGGAGAAGGAGGAUCGUCAGUAUCAGGUGUCUGAAUUCCGCCAGCAGGUUCUGGAGCAGCACCUGGACUUGGGUCGGCCGGGUGACGCAGCAGAUCACAGGACGGACCCACACAGAUCCAUACCAAAUCACCUUGAACCAGGAAGCCGGGACCUCCACCCUCACUUAGGCGCUCCUCCGCCCCUCAUCUCCCCCAAACCUCCUCAGCCGCCACGCGAACACCACCCUCCACCUCCCACCACCCUGUGGAACCCUGCAUCUCUCAUAGAAACAGUCUCAGACUCCAGACGUAACCACGAGCCCUCAGGGAUGGGACACUACGAGCUCAGUCGGCUGCCGCCGGGGCCCUCGAAAUAUGAAGACGCAGCACGAAGGAGAGAGGGGGGGGCGAUGGAGAAAUAUCCCCCGCUGAGAGGUCCACCGGGCCUGCCGGAGCCCAGCACAUUCCUCGCUGAUUUGGAGAAAUCCACUCAGACGUUCUUUAGCCAGCAGAGGGCGUCACUGUCCCUGUCCAGCCAGUAUGAAUUGGAGGGAGCUGUGAAGAGCAACGCCGGACUAAAGAACCUCCAGGGACACCCAGGGCACAACAGACAUGGACAAGGGCCUGGAAUGGUCUCUGGGCCGGGGAUGGGACAGGUAGCCACACUUGGUAUGAGUACAGAAACGACGCUGAUCUAUGACGAGAUCCUUCAGCAGCACCGAAGGCCUGUCAGCAAGCUGGACCUGGAGGAGAAGAGGAGGAGGGAGGCCAGGGAGAAAGGUUACUACUAUGAGCUGGAUGACUCAUACGACGAGAGUGACGAGGAGGAGGUGAGGGCCCAUCUCAGGAGAGUAGCAGAGCAGCCCCCACUCAAAUUGGAUGACUCCACAGAGAAAUUGGAGUUCCUGGGAGCGUUCAGCCUGACCACGGUGGGCCGGCGAGAUGAGCUGGUGCAGCAGAAGAGACGGAAGAGGAGGAGGAUGCUCAGGGAGCGCAGCCCCUCGCCGCCCGCCUUGCACUCGAAACGCACUCCUCCCCCUCCUCCCCAACUCAGCACGCGCUUCACCCCUGAGGAGAUGGACCGAGCACCCGAGCUGGAGGAUAAGAAGCGCUUCCUCACCAUGUUCAGACUGUCGCAUGUCACUAUACAGCAGAGGAGAGACAAUGAAAGAGUAGUGGAGCUGCUUCAGGCCAUUAAAGAAAAGAGUGUAACAUUGGACACCAUCAGACAUGCCCCUCAUCCGCUGUGUAAGAGCCCUCAGGCACCGAUCUCUGAUUCUGCAUUUGCCCAGCCUUCCUCUGAAUCAGAAGACCACCACAGCGUCAGACCACAUAGCCCCUCCUCACAUUGCCCGCCGUCCCCCAAUGGCCAUCCGAAACCCCUCGGGGACACAUUAAGACCAAAGGAACCCCCUUCUCCAGCUGUCUACCCUGACAAGGCCCGGGGGCCCAGUGAGGGACCGAUCUCCAAGAAGAGCUCCAGCCUGCUGAACAGCUUGCGGCCUCCGCUCCCCCUGCAGGCUAAAGAGGGCCUGCACAGCGUCAACGGACGCACCAAACCCUGGGACAGCUUCACGCCAGAGGAAUUCGCACAGCAGUUCCAUGAAUCAGUGCUUCAGUCCACUCAGAAGGCUCUGCAGAAACACAAAGGUGGAGCCACGGGGAUAUCGGAGUCGUCGCACCUCCAGGAGUCGUCUGUUCACUACAACAUUCCAGAGCUUCAGAGCGCCCCCGGCCGGCCGCCACAGCCGCAUCCACAUCCGCAUCCUCAUCAGCAUCCGCUUCCACAUCCACUUCCACUUCCGCAAUCUCAUUCAAAUGCACAUCCAUUUCCCCAUCUGCUCACACACCCCCACUCUCAGCCCAACGGGCAGCACUUCUCUGCGCCCCCGCACCGGGAGGCCUCAGGGGCGAGGGAGGACCUGUCAGGUCAAGAUGACUCUGAGGAGGAGGAGGACGAGGAGGAAGAGGAGGCUCCUGCUUCCAGGUGGCAGGGGAUUGAAUCUAUAUUUGAAGCUUAUCAGGAAUAUGUUGAAGAGCAAAGUUUGGAGCGACAAGUGUUGCAGAGCCAGUGUCGAAGACUAGAAGCUCAGAACUACAACCUCAGUCUGACUGCUGAGCAGCUGUCUCAUACCAUGGGGGAGCUGAUGUCCCAGAGACAGAAGCUGGCGGUGGAAAGGGAGAAGCUACAAGCAGAGCUGGAGCACUUCAGGAAGUGUUUGACGCUGCCACAGACACACUGGCCGAGAGGCGGCCAUUACAAGGGCUACCCUCCCAGGUGACCCCAACACGCCGACCUGAUGUUCCCCAGGCCGCCUCCCCUUUCAGACUGACGCCCAGAGUUUAUUUUUCAUGGCUUGGUCCACAUGGCUCCAUGGAGGAGAACAUGGCUGGCUAGAUAAAAAGAAUGAGUGAAUGAAUGAAUGAAUGGUUUGAGUGAAUGGAUAGAUGGGUGAUACAGGACCAUACAGUGAAGGAAAGGCAGUCUUUGGAUUGUGGCUAGCCAGGGACUGUGCCACGAGCCACUAACGCGUGCCAAUGUAGCCAACCCCACGAGAUCAGCGAGGGCACGGGGCAGGAGAACCUGAAGAUGAACACAAACACACACAAAUACACACACACACGCACCUGCUUUUCACACAGUCUUCAGUCCCCCGCUGCUCCAUUGUUCAGUCCCUGCAUCCCUCGAUGCCACAACUACACAGACAAUCCUGCCAAUGAGGGAGCAGCUGCCCCGGGAGGGGCGUCGUCAAAGAGACUUGAACGCUCCAAAGGCUUCUGGCCAGUCGGGACUGAUUUUUAUCACAGUGGCCAUGAGCUUUUGAACUGGAAAUGCACUUAAGAAUAAAAGCUGAAGAACUACCUGGUGGUACUGUGUUGCAACAAAGAACUGUUGAAAUUAGGGAAGAACUUAGAAAAAUGCACAUUUUUGGAAAGAAUUAAGGAAAAUGUUUUAUUUCGAAAUAGAAAAUUUGAGAAUAAGAAUUUUAAAAGGUGCUUCAGCCUUGUAUUGUAUAUAAUAUGAAGACUUAAAAAGAAUUUUGUAUGUUUUUAUUACUUUAAUCAUUGUUCUUUUAAAAGAAAAAAAAAGCCUGCCAUUUUUAUAUGUUUAUGCUUUUUUUGGGGGGUUGGAAAAAGAAAGCCUUGCUUUUAGUGUUUGUACUGCUGCUGGCCAGAACAGCUCAUUUUGAGACAUUUAACAGAGUGAGAGAGAGAGAGAGAGAAAAGGAUACACUCCCCCCCUCUUACUCUCUCUCGCCUGGCACUGCGCAACUGAGACCCAGCCACGGCCACCUCGCGUGGUGUCUGAGCUCGGCAAAGCUUACUUAGAGGUCCUGAGGCGUGGCUCCUGCCCUCUCAUCCCCGUUCCUUCACAGCAACAUGCGUCUCUCUGUUUCAACGUCCCCUUUUCAACAACUCCUCUGGUCGGCUUCACUGCUGCUGGCGUGACAGACAGCUUGAGACGUUCUCAUUCAGAAACCAGUUGAGAUCGAUAAUACAAUGUUUUCUGUUUUAUUUUUAUUUUUUUUAUUUUUUACUUUGGUCACUUGACAUACUUGAUUACUUUGUAAAGACAUGAAGAGUCUCUUAAGCCGCCAGCUGAUUAAACUGGUUCUUGAUGCUUUAUCCUACCGUUUGGACCUUCCACUUCACUUUGUACAACAUCAGAUAACUUGGAACUCAAUACAGCACGACGGUUUGCGUAAUGUCAGAUCAAGCCUUACAAGAUCAAGCCCUUAUCAGCAGCCGUGAGAGGACAGUGCCAAAAUGAAAAACAAAACAACAAACAAAACAGUAGCAUUUUGGAUUCUUCAUUUUAGUCGAGUUGCAAUUAGGCUAAAGCCAAAAAACAUUCAGAAACAGACAUCUUCCACCAUCGAACACCUUUGACUCCCCCCCACUCGUCUCCAUUCUACAUUUUUAGGACCCAAAGUUGCCAACAUGUUAUUAAUAAAACCACACAAAGUGUAGAUUCAACGAGGCAUUUCCUGGUACAUAAUGGUUUGAUUUAACCGGCCUCGUACCCGUUUACAGCCUCUGCCUGCCCGUCAGCCUCGUCGUCAGCUCUGCCCUGAGAUUCAGCCACAGGUUCAACACUGACUUCCCGUCCUAUGACUCGUGUUGCCUCACGUAGCCCAUUCACGAGGCGUAAAAAUCACCGGAAAUUGGCGAGUUGGGAUUGUUGGUUGUCAAAAUGGGGCGUUUCAGUAUUUCCAAACACAUAAUUAACUUUGAAAAUGUGCAGAGAGAGUUAACUAAAGACUAUACAGCGUAUCAAUUACAAGUGCCUCAAGAAUUUGGGAGCAUGUGAAUGAGUUGCAGUUUCCACAUGAAGGACGUUCUACACACAACAUCAGCGAUCAGGGACUUUACAUCCAAGUGUCUACUGUACGUCUCACGCCUUCUAGUCAUGUGCAUGUCAACAACCCAACACUGAAUUUCCUUUUCAUCUGAAACGCAUCUCCGAGAAUCUGUUCAAUCACGAGGCCCAAGCCAGUUCAGAGGACCAGGUGGCUCCAGAGUGUAGUCUGUCAUUUUUUACAGAGCAGAGAGACAAGAGCGCAGCCUAUUGGUUAAUGAGGGAGCACGCAUGCUGAGGUAUAAGCUGCCAAUGACCCCGGGGAGGACGGUGUAGUACAAGUGAGCACCCUUUACCCAGCCUCCCUGUCGUCUCCAGCCCACGCACACCCCAUGCAAUAGCCCCAUUACUCAGUGGAGGAUGUCUAGAUGCUGUGAAAUCCUGUUUUUAAAAAUGUACUUGUUUGAAUUCAUUGUAAUGUAAUAUAUUCUUUGUUGAAUGUAGUAAUUAGGUAUUUAUGAAUAUAUGGCUGUGAUUUCAGACAAAAAAGAAAAUAAAAUAUUUCAAAAAUGUUAAAUGUCAA